AUGGGCGUGGAGCAGCCCAGGGGACGUGCGCAAAUGCUGAGCGCCAAGGUGGAGAAGCUGAUCGCCCGCAAGAACGCGACGGUGCUCUCCGACGCCUGGUCCAAACUACGCGCCGACGUGGACGACGACGCUGAGGAGGACGACAUUCUGGUGCUCAAGAAGAAGCAGCCUCAGCCCGCACGCCCAGUGGAGGUCAGCAAGGCCGGUGAGGCGCACAUGACGGCCACUGUGAGCGCCGAGCAGAAGGCCAAGGCCAUCCAAUACGCGCAGCAGCUCCGCGACAAGAUGAAGGCCUCGGACGUCAAGGACAAGGAACGGCUGCGGCAGAUUCGUCGGGAGCAGCGCUGGGAAGAGAAACAGCGGGCCAAGGCAGAGGCCAUGGAAGAGAUGGGGCUGGGCGCCCAGCUCGUGCCGCCGGAGGAGGGCGAGUACGGCAGCUAUGGCGAGGACGAUGGCGAGGGAGGCGGCUACGACGACGACGACGACGGAGAGGAGGAGAACGGCAGCGCCAACGAGGAGGACGAGGACGAUGAUGAGGAGAGCCCUGCCCCGGCCAAGAGGAAGCGAGGCGAUGCGGAGCCCAGCACCAAAGUGGAGGCGGCGCGCCAACAAAAGAAGCAGCGCCUGCUCGACGCGGCUUCCACCGACGCCCUCGAGGAGAUGGCCCUCAAGCUGCUCCAGCAGAGCUAA